AUGGUUGAAAGUCCAAAUUUUGCAGAAUGCCUACAAGAGUGGGAAAGUCUGGAAAAAGAACACCAAAACAUCCAGGAAACUCACCGGCUGUACAGACAGAAGUUGGAGGAGGUGUCUAAGCUCCAGGAGGUCUGCUCGGCCUCCAUUUCACGUCAGAGAAAGAGAAUGAAGGACAUGUCCCUGGCUCUGAAAGGGUACAAACAAGAGAUGACUUCAGAUAAUCUGAAUACCAUUGAGGGAGUCCAGGGAUUUAUCAAAGAAAUGUCACAGGCUUUCUUUGAGAUGGAGGCUUUCCUUCCAAAGAAGAAUGGGCUGUAUCUCCGUCUUGUUUUGGGAAAUGUAGAUGUAACCCUACUCAGCAAGCAAUCCAAAUUUGCCUAUAAAGAUGAGUAUGAGAAAUUCAAGCUGUAUCUCACUGUAAUUCACCUACUCUUCUCUUUCACAUGCCAGUUUCUGGUAAGAUACAGAACUGUUGACACACUAUUUAACUUUCUGCUGGUGUGGUAUUAUGGCACCUUGACCAUCCGCGAGAGCAUUCUCAUCAACAAUGGCUCAAGGAUCAAGGGUUGGUGGGUGUUCCAUCACUACAUUGCCGCCUUCCAGUCAGGAGUGAUGCUAACAUGGCCCAAUGGCAAACUGUACCAGAUGUUCAGGAACCAAUUCCUGGCCUACUGUUCGUAUCAAAGCUUUGUGCACCUCCUCCAGUACUACUAUCAGAGUGGCUGUCUGUAUAGACUCAGAGCUCUCGGACAGAGACACAACAUGGACCUGACUGUGGAGGGGUUUCAGUCCUGGAUGUGGAGAGGCCUGACCUUCCUAUUGCCCUUCCUGUUCUUUGGACAUUUCUGGCAGUUGUACAAUGGACUGUGCCUCUACAGAAUGUCCCAGCUCCCAGAAUGUACAGAGUGGCAGGUGAUUAUGUGUGGAUCCUCCUUCUUGGUUCUGUUCAUGGGGAACUUCUUCACCACAGUCACUGUGGUCUAUCACAAGUUUAAGCACAACACCGAAGGAAAACCCAAGAGGCCUUGA